CGGCCAAAAAUGGAGAAGCCGGCCAGUUGAUAAGAGUGAUUUUAUGUCCUCUAAAAGUCAUCUGUCGUGAUGCUUUCUCUUGUCGUAAUAGGCUUUUUGGAGGGUAUUAAGGUUUGUCUGCUCCUCUCAGAAAUGGGAAAGAAAGCCUUCACAGAAAUGUGGAGAACAAGAUUAAUGUAUUGAUUUUUGAAAACGGUAAACCUAUGUUUCCCAACCUUUUUUCAGACAAGGCACAUAUUUUAGUCUCACGGCACAACGCCAGACAUAAAUGUCUAGUAGAUUUUUCACGUAUCUGUACUUGGAUUUGAGUAUCCGCUGUAUUUUUUUCAGGUGACUUUUUACUUUUGCUCCCAGAUUCUUUUCUGCAAGUUUCUGCACUUUUACUGAAGUACAAAGUAGUUUUGCCAUCUCGCCCUUUUACGUGACAUUUGCUCGGAGCGAUGAGCAAAUAGCGCAUGACGUAACACCAGACCCUUUCCCCCGAUCCCUCCCUGAUCCGUCCGACAUCCAGCAUCGACCUUUAUCGCGCUAAUCCCCGAUAAUCUCUCAGAUUGGGCCUCAAUGCUAAUGCCGCCACUCGAAACGGGACCUGCGGUUUAGCAUUGAACAUUGCCGACCUUCCGCUGUGUUUUUGUUUAUGUGCGCGGGUCGCAUGUGUUCAUUGCAGAGGACGUGAUAAUCCGGAUUUCUCAGAAGUAGUGCGUCGUUCGGCUGGUGGAACAGAUGCCACACACACACACCCACACACACACCCACCCACACACACACACACACACACACACACACACACACACACACACACAGAGUUGUCCUCUGAUCUUUUCCUGCUCAUUUGAAAAGAAAAACUACAUUUUUUUUGAAUGCUUUACUUACAAAAUGGUGUUACACAAUGCAGCAAAAUUCAGCUAGGUAAUAGCUGCUACUCAUCAUGGGUCUCUGACCAGGGAUGCUUCGGUCUCGAGAUGAAUGGAUUGAUGCAAGGUCUCACUUGAUAUCGACUGGAUGUAAGAACCUUCCGAGGACAUUUCUAUCGCAAAUACACAGCCGUGUUUGGACCAGGUCCAUUCCUCAAAACGCAGCCCCUCGUUUCCGCUCCAUCCUCCCCCGCUGUGGUUCCGCUCUCCGCCCCAGCCCGAUGGAGCUCAAGGACGUCCUAAAUGUUUUGGAGGAUCUCGCUCCCCUCUCGCUGGCCGAGCCGUGGGACAACGUGGGCCUGCUGCUGGAACCCAGCGAGCCGCGGCCCGUCAAAACCGUCUUGCUGACCAACGACCUCACGCGGGCCGUCAUGGAGGAAGCGCGGGCCGAAGACUGCGAUCUCAUCAUCUCCUAUCAUCCUCCGCUCUUUCGACCGUUCAAACGUCUGGUCCAGAAGGACUGGAAGCAGCGAUUGGCUAUCCGAGCGUUGGAGGCCGGCAUCGCGGUCUUCUCGCCUCACACGUCCUGGGACAGCGUUCGUGGAGGAGUUAACGACUGGCUGGUCGGAGGACUUGGUGCCGGUCAGGUGUCCGUGUUGAAUCAGGCCUAUGUCCGCUUCCCUUACAGUCACGUCGUGCAAUUCCAAUGCAAUGAUAACCUGUUAGACGUUCUCGUGGAGGAACUGAAGGCUUUGGAUGGAGUAAUAGUACAAGAUCCGCUCAGAUGUGAUGCCUCCAAGACUCAAGUCAGCCUGUACUGCAGUGAUGCAGCGCUGGCUCCUGUUGUGGGUAAAGUGACGCGAUACAUAAUUGAUGCCGACGCGUCCGUCCGCAUCCUUAAGGCAGAAAGGCCCCCUUGGCAGGGCCACGGUCAGGGGCGACUCAGUGUUUUGGACCAGCCGGUAUCCGUGGCGACAGCUGUGGAGAAAAUGAAGUCCCACUUGGGUUUGCGGCACCUCCGUUUGGCCCUCGGACAGGGACACACGCAAGAAUCCUUUGUGCGCUCCGUGGCUGUAUGUGCGGGAUCAGGAGCCUCGGUGCUGAACGGCGUCCAAGCGGACCUUUACGUCACCGGUGAGAUGUCCCACCAUGAGGUGCUGGAUGCGGUUGCUAAGGGAACGAGCGUCAUCCUCAGCGAUCACAGCAACAGCGAGCGCGGCUAUCUGUCCGUGUUCCGGGAUAAACUAACUGAAAAGGUUGCCGCCGAUGUCGUCGUGAUGGUGUCCAAGGCUGACAGGGACCCCUUGGAGGUUGUCUGAAGAAUACGGUUACUGUGACCCCCCCCCCCCGCAAUUUGUGGGGGAAAGAGACCCAAACCUGCCGCGAAUAGCGACAUUUCUACAAUAAUUUACACCCACCCUCAAAUGGCUUUGUAAUUGCCGAUGGAUCGUACAAGAUGGCACCGAAGUACUGCUGAUGUCUAAAUGAAGCUCUUCAAUUCACUUCAACGUGUAGUUCCUUGACACCAAGAUAGCACCAGAUGAUUGUUGUUAUUGCUUUGGCCUGAGCACAAAAAGAGGAAAUAGGUGACUUUUUCAGCAAAUUAAAAAAGGACGUUGAUUCAUCCCCCAAAAAUCUGUCAGUAGGUCAAUUCGAAAGUCCUGUGUAAUAGAAAAGUAGUGCUUUGGUGUCAAGGAACUAUGUUGAAGUGAGGGGAGGAGCUUCUUUUAAACAGACCUUCUUGGGGGGGGGGGGGGGGGGGGUGCGUGUCAAAUACUCGCACAGGCCAAACCCUUGUCUAAUAAAAAAAGUUGUGGUUUGGCGCCAUCUAUAUUAGGGCUUUGGGUUAUAGGGCUCCAUGCAUAUUUGCAGGUGGAAUACUGGAAUUAAAUGUAUGGCACAAAACAAUAAUUUAUGCAUGUGUAAAUUCUAUCCCUCAAAUCAUGAAACCGCUUUCUUUAUCACGACAGAGCCGCCUGUUUUUCCUCUUCCUGUGACCUUGUUUUAGUCAUUUGGGAUGACACGCGAAAAGUCACAGAUAGCGGUGGGAGCGUGCCGUCAAAAUGUGUUUCAUCGCUGUCCAGUGAGUGCAGGGGUUUUAUUUUUGGAAGUUUUAAUCCUGAUAAUCACUCACAUCAUGUUCGCCUCUAUCCGUCACGGAGGGAUGUCUUUUCCAACCGGAGUGAGAAUCACGCAAAUGUUUCAUUAUUAUUAUUUUUUAAAGCAAUCCUCAUCAGAUUGAACGAAAACCUUGAAGAACACUUUAAACAUGUUCAAAGAAAGUGGAUCAGACCGGCGCUAAAUACAGCGGUUCUGAAAUUUGAUACCGAAGCGAAAAGAAAUGUUCGUUAGAAAAUGCGUACAGUAAUUGAUAUUAUGAAAAGGGAUAUGAUUAUACAGGAAUUAUUUCUAUAUCUACUCUGAAAACACAUACAAGUAAGGCAAUUUUUUUGUUUUUUAGUUAUCAUUACUAAUUUAGAAUUUUGGCAAUUAACGAAGUGAUGACAACACAAUACAGUGAGUAUUUGUUGAACUGCUGCCACCUACUGUUGACAACAGAGCAGGACGCUCAAGGAACAUUUCGGUCCUGCAAGCGCUUAAGUGGCAGAUGAAUCAUGCAAGCAGGAGGCACUGCUGUAUAUGUUGUUUCCUCCGUUGCCACUGUUAUCCCGAGAGACAAGACAUGACACGUGAGAAAUGAGGCCAAGGCCCAAAAUAACUGACAGAAAAUGAUUAUACAAAAACAUGUACCCGAUGCGUUUCCGUAUGGGUGUAACUAAGCACCGGUGUCUGAAGCUAAAUGAGUAAUCUGUGGUAAAAGUGGAUCCAAAACUGUUGUGGCAAGUAAUGAAGUACAAAUGCUGUGUCACUGUCAUCAUCUUUCUUUUCGUUUCAGUGUGAGGAUAAGAAAACAGGCCACGUUCGUCUCUCACUCUGAUAAUUGUAUUUUCACCGUUGUGAGACAACGCAAGUCCUAAUUGGUCGGGCACGCCACUUGCAUAAUGCAGAUGAUAACAGCCUGUUCAUGUGUGCAUGCUGAUGUGACCUCGCCUGGGGAGAAAGAAACUUCUUCGACCAGUCGAGCAGUCUCCUUGCAUGCAAGAGUAUAUUCAACUGUACAGCAUCUGUCAUUAUUCUCACGUACAUGUCAGUCUGCACUUCUACUUUUAGCAGUCUUUUACACAAGUAUCUGUACUUCUACUUAAGUAAAAGUGUGAGCACUUUA